AUGAAGGGAAGAUCAAAGGAGAAUAACUUGAAAUUUCUCAAAGCCUUCGAGGAGUACUGCAAUGUGGCUUGCGAUCUAGCAUUUAAGCCUUGGUGUUAUAUCAUUGAUGCUGUCUUCAAACGAACUCACUAUUAUAAAAUAUUAACUAAAAAUAAGAUUAUAAUGUCCACCAUAGUAAAUGAGGUUAUCUCAUACAAACGCAACAUAAUUAAGCAAAAUAAAGAUACGAUUGAAUGUGACAAGUAUUCUGACAGCAAAUCUGAAAAAGAAUUUUCAAUAUUGGACAAUCUAUUGGAGGAUCAUGGUGACACGAUCACAGACCUGGAAUUGCUGGAGGAGAUCUUGGUUCUGGCUUUGGGCGGCACUGAUACCUCUUCUGUCACAGCAUGCUUCACUGCACUUCUGUUAGCGAGACAUCCUGAUAUACAAGAGAAAGUUUAUCAAGAGGUAAAAGAAGUACUUGGCGAUACAACAAGACCCAUACAUUAUGAUGAUUUACCGAAACUGAAGUAUUUGGAUGCCGUUUUAAAAGAGUCUGUACGACUUUAUCCACCUGCACCCAUUAUUGGAAGACUGGCUGAUAAAGACGUCACUUUACCUUCAGGAAAAAUUAUCCCAAAAGGAACAACGAUGGUCUUUAAUAUUUUGGGGCUGCAUCGUAAUCCAAAAUUCUGGGGCGAAGAUGUAGAGUUAUUUAAUCCAGAUCGUUUCUUGAAUGACCUGCCACAUCCCGCUGCGUACAUACCAUUCAGCUACGGGCCUAGAAACUGUAUAGGUUACAAAUACGGAAUGCUGUCUUUAAAAUCGUUGCUGGCAACUAUGGUUUCUCGCUACGAGUUUUUACCUUCACCAGUAAGCGAAACCUUUCGCUUAGAAUUCAAAGUUAUGCUCAAAGAGUACAAUAACUUCCAAAUCAGGUUAAGACAACGAUAG